AUGAGGGAUUUUCCUUCUUGUUUCGGAGAGAGUGGGGUUCAAGUUGCUGAUGUUUCGUGUUCAAGUGCAAUUAUGAGUAAAGCCUCUCAGAAUUCUGUGACUUGCAUGUAUAGGUGUAGACUGUUUGGUAAAUCUUGCUUGAUUAGCAUUGUUUGGAGCAAGAAUAUGAUGGGGCAAUGCCUCAGUGUUGAGAUAGAUGCUGCAUCUCCUCAAUUUGUAUAUAAAAUGGAUGUUAAGCCCUCCUUGUUCUCAAAUAGGAAAGGCUCCAAGUGUAUAGAGCUGAACUCUUGCAAAAUUGAAGUGUUUUGGGAUCUUUCUGUGGCGAAAUUUGGACCAGGGCCGGAGCCAUUGGGGUCUUAUUAUGUAGGUGUUGUGUGUAGAGGAGUGAUGGUUUUGCUCAUUGGGGAUCUUGCAGAAGUGGCAUUGAAGAAAACUGGAGCAGCUGCUGUAGUUUCUAAAGCAAUGCUUGUUGCCAAGAGGGAACAUACUGUAGGGAAGAUGGUUUUUGGUACCAAGGCUCGAUUCUGUGAAAUGGGCCCGAUCCAUGACCUUAAGAUCGAAUGCAAGACAAGGGGCAGUGAUGAUCCGUUUCUUGUGGUUUGGGUUGAUGCAAAAGCAGUUAUGAAGGUGCAGCAUUUGCAUUGGAAGUUCCGCGGGAAUAGUACAAUCUUGGUUGAUGACAGGCCGGUUGAGGUGUUUUGGGAUGUCCAUAGCUGGUUGUUUGGUUCGGGCGUGGGGAGUGGGGUUUUCAUGUUUCAAACAAGUUUGUCAGCGGAGAAACUGUGGAGCAGCCCUUCUUCGCUCUCUGAUCCAUCUGGCUGCUCGUUGAGCUGCUCCGAGAGUUUCAAGGAGUCCAAAUCGAGAAGUCUUGGAUUUUCGCUAGUUUUAUAUGCUUGGAAGAGUGAAUAG